AAUGAAGUGGUUUUUGUUGGAUUUGGACUCAUUCAGUCAAAAGACAUAAGCAGGACAAAAAUGAUGUUUUGGAUAUUUACUAUACUCUGCUUCGUUCGAUCAUGUAUGGCAGUGACGGUUGCUAUAGAUGGGAAAGAGGUGGAUUGCAGUUACAACUGUGUAUGUUGUGAAGGAGGAACGUCAAAAUGUAGAUUUGAUAACAUCUGUUUACAAGGUUGUAUUGAAACCAUUACUGGUCACAGAUGUCAUCACUCUUGUCCCGAAAACUGCUACACAUGCGAAUUUACAAAUGGAAACCCAUGUUACACAUGCAAAAAUACAUAUUAUGAUAAAAACAGUUUGUGCAGCAAGCGGUGUUCCGUCGGGUGUAAAAAUGGAACUUGUAAUGACGAUGGAAUGUGUAGCCCAUGUAAAGCUGAUUUCGGAGGUCCUAGAUGUCAGCCAUGUAUACCAGGAAAAUAUGGAUCGGAUUGUAUUUUAAACUGCGCAAAUCAGAACUGCCGAUGUACGACUGACAUAGAUUGUAUAUCUUGUAAAAAUGGAUUUAAGGACAAGAGCACCUUCUGUCAAACACCUUGUUCCAAUGGAUGUCAAAAUGGCAUUUGUAAUGAUGAUGGAAUGUGUAAUUGUACCUCAGGAUUUAAUGGAACUACAUGUAGUGAUUGCAUUUCCGGAUAUCAUGGGACACACUGCAAUGAACUCUGUUCCGUAGGCUGUGUAAAUAGUCAGUGUUCAAAAGAUAGCACUUGUUCCUGUCGGGACUACUUUGAAGGAACAACAUGUGAUACAUGUUCAGAUGGACGACACGGUGAUCAUUGUGAGCAAGUAUGCAGUGUCGGUUGUAACAAAACAAGGGCUUGUGACAGAAACAACGGCUCCUGUGAAUGUCUUCCUAAUUUUAAAGGCAUUAAAUGUGAACAAUGCAUAGACGGCUUUUACGGACAAUCAUGUGACUUACCUUGUCCGGAUAAUUGCAAAGGGGGUACAUGCUCACGAAAUGAAGGGACACAUGAUUGUGUUGAUGGAUAUUCGGGUGACAAUUGCACAACCCCGUGUGACAAUAUAUGCGCAACAUGUCUACAAUAUAGCACAUCAUACUGCGUUUCGUGCUUAAAUGGUUACACUGGAACAACAUGCCGAUGUCCUCCUAACUGCAUUUGUGCGAUUGAAACUGAUAUUUGUAUUUCAUGUACAAAUGGUUAUGAUAAUCCUGAACAACAAUGCACGUGUCAAUCCAAAUAUUGUCUCCAGAAUGAAUGUGAUCAAUGUAUUAACGUGUUUUACGUCGAUAACAACGCGUGCUGUGAAUGUCCGGAGAAUUGCAAAGAUGGUACGUGCAAAGGUGGACCAGAAUGUAUUUCUGGUUGCAUUGACGGCUUUUACGGCUUGGAUUGUUCUCAAAGUUGUUUGUCCCUGAGUACGGGCUGUUUAAGAUGUACUCAGACGGAUGGGAAGUGUCUGGAAUGUAGCGACGGUUUUUAUCCAAACGAUUAUGGAAGCUGCAUAAAUUGCAGUAUUAGCUGUAUGAGUGGGCUUUGCAAUUCUGCGAAAGUAAAUGGCUGCAUCAAUGGUCUUGAAGACAAAGAUUGCUCAGAACGACGAAUUUACAUUGGUUCUUCAACAAUACGUGCCCUCUCAGCUUUAUCGGUAGUUUUGGGCAUUUCGCUUAUUUGCACAGCUGCUGGUUGCUACCUGUGGAACAGGCGAAGGUCUAAACCAACAGAACCGGAAGAUCAGCUUGAAACUGAGAUGACAUAUGAACAGCUACAAAGACAGACGCACGAACCAACAUACACGAAUGCUGACGAAAAUUAUUCCGUGCUUUCAAUGUAGAAGUUCAAAACAGUGUUUGCAUGCGUUAAGGGAUGUUACGAGAUUGUUCAUUUUAAUACAAAAUCUAGAGCACAGUGAUGUUUGAUUUUACAACUUUUGAAGUUACAGUCUUAGUUCUAAUAUGUUUCGAGUAUUUUAUGUUUGAACUUUUGGCUAUUGAGCUUGUUUCUGUAGCAUUUCAUAUAAUAUUGGUUACUUAAUUUCGAACCAAUAUAUCUGGUUUGUACAUCAUUUACCGUUGUAUAUAUAUCCGCUAUACAUGUAACCUUUUUUGUUUGUGACGUUCUGUUUUGUGCCCGUUUUCUCUAACCACUCUGUAAAUGUUGGGAAAGUGUGCGGUGAAGCGCUCAUAAACUGGUUUGUGAGUGAGCGCCGUAAGUGGUUACCCCAACACUUCAACAUAGUGUCAUGGACACAUAUAAGACUGCUGGGUUAAGCCAGUAAAAAACAUAGUUCCUUUUCUGACAUAAUGGAAAUUAAAUUGUAGACGUAUAUCCACACACACUACACAAUAGUCCAAUGGUACACUAGUAGCUCUGAAGGUUAUGCAUCCAGCGCACGACCACCAUGCUGUUCUUUAGAACUGUCUAACAUAAUUGAACGCUCGAACGUUUAAUAGCGACAUUUUCGGUCUGCAGUGUUACCACAUUGUAACAUACCACACUAUGAUAUAAAUACAACAAGUCCAUAGAAACCAGUCAUCGCAACAAAAGAGGUUACCAUGGUUUUGUUUUCAAUGCCUGUAAAUCAAUGCCGAAAAGACUCCCAGCAUGAGAUCAACCGCAUGUGUCAGCGGGAUAUUUGUUGCUUUUAUGCAACUAAUUCAAUAUAAUUCGACUUCGGUUAGGAAGGAAAUAAUGUUUUGUUUCGUUGGUGUCUUCAUGCUCAAAAACCAUCUAAUAAUUUACUAGAUCUUUGCAAGAUAUGCCCUUUUAAAUACAGUCUACCUUAUUACUUAUAACUGCUUGCUAGAUACCUAUGUACUGUUUUACUUUUAUGUUUCAUUUACACAUACAAUACUGUAUUAACGUAAAACGUGAUCUUAUUCAUGAAUAAAAAACAUACGUAUGUAUAUGGAUAUAUUGAACCCUCAUUUUAGGUCAUUUUAUCAGUGAGCGUACGAAAAUAUUUCGCAAGCUACGAAAAUUCACAAAAACAAAGAAAUUUACUUCAUGAAAUGAGCUUUAAACUAUAUCUGGUUUGGUUGGACAUUUCAAAUGAGAUUAAACAUUCCGAAAAUAGGAUCGUUUGCCUUUAGUUUCCAUUGUAUUACUAUUACAAUUGUUCUGUUCGUGAUUAAACAUAUAAAGAAUACAAAAAUACAUAUAAGCUUAUUUAUUUAGCGUUUUAACCUGAAACAAUUAGGGAAACCCAUAACAUGGUUUUAAAAUGAGUACAUAAAGUGAGAAUGUUUAUGUUAUAAUAUUUACCUGUUAUAUCAUACUAAUAGUAAAAUUCAUUUUAAAGGUAUCUAUAAAAGAUUCGUUUCGUUUCAUAUAGUUGGUAUAUAAGUGGCAUACCCUUAAAGUACUGUCAUUAGGUUAGUUUUAAAAUUGAAAUGAACAAGAAAUACAGUGCACACUAUGACAUAAAUGAGUGCUCACAUUUAAAUCUGUUGUUUACUCGUAGUGUUGUUUACUUGGUAGAAAACGUUUUGUAACAUGUGAUUGUUGAAGCCGUAGAUAAACAACUAUUAUCUGCAUUUGUUUAACCAUUUUUUUUAAAAAUUUAUCUUAUUUCAUUCAGGUAAGAAUAUUCCAAGAGCAUAAAUAAAUAUUUGGUUAUUUCUAAAGCUCCUUACAGUUUUAUAUUGUACAGCUGUCCGAUGUUAGGAGUUUCAGAUAUUUUUUAAAAGAAAUAUCAUUGAAAAACAAUUGUUUUAGCUGUCGUAAAACUGUACAUCUUCAAAAUAAAUUUCGCUUUGAGUAUUAUACAAUAACUUUGUCAAGUUUUGAUUUAUCAGAAAGUUGGAAUUCAUUUAAUAUAUAACAUUAUGUAAUUUUCUUAUUUACUUAACUUAUGUUGUUGUGGUAUAUGCUUAUUCGAUAUUUACUCAUAUUUUAUAGUGAACUGUUUUAAAAUAUAAAUACCUAUAUGCAUAGAAUCACACGAAGACACUAUAUUAUAUAUUUUGUUCACAUGGUCCAUGGACUUCUCAAAUAUUUUAAAAACAAACAUUUAUUUCUGCUGUAAAAAUGAUACUAUUACCAUUUUGAACGUUCACAUUUCAAAUGACGUCUACAACACUUUAAAAACAUUAUCUUACAAAUGUAUCUAAAUAUGAUUUGUAUCAACUAGUAUGUUCAUGUAUUAAUAUCAAUGGAUUUGUAUUAGCAAUAAACACGUCGGAUGUUCAGAUACGAUUCAAUGUUAAUUACUUGUUUGACUUGAUAACACAUAACGCAAAGUUAAUUAUGUAGUAA